AUGUCUAACUCAAAAACUCAAACCCAAACCAGAUCUCUCAAGAAGCCUUACCACCAAAACCAAAACUCGAGAUCAAGACCAACCACUACAUCCCCAGAACCUGGUACCACUAAAAAGACAACAGCUCCUUCACCAUCAAACACUAAAGAAAAAACAACAACUAGUGCGGGCUCUUCCAACCCUGUACAUACCCCAGUUUCUAAACCAUCAGCUGCUCGUGGCGGAUGGGCGGCAGUUGUUAGAGGUGGCCCAGCUUCUCUGAAUCCAUGGUCAUCUGGUGCCUCAAAAAAACAAACAUCCUCAUCAUUAUCAUCAUCAUCAUCGACAACGGCAACAAUUGCAACAGCUACAAAUCCUUUACCUCCUACCUCUGCUUCUUCUUCAUCUCCAAAAAUCCCUGCAAACAAACCUAGUGCACCUCCUUCCCAAGGGAAGCCUAUCGCCGCUGAUGAGGCACACCUUAACAAUUUCAAUUCGGAAGAAGUAUCCAAGUACUUGCAAUCUCAAUUUUCGAAAUAUGCUACCCUUGCAAAAGAUCGUAAAAACAGCGAAGUGGUAAGGGUUUACAAGGCACAGGAAUCAGGAUGGGGAAGGAUUGGUGGCGGUGGUAAGAAAGGCAGCAAGAGUACUGAGGAAAGUAGCAUGAUUGUUGGUGUUUUGAAUGAAAUUGCAAAGGGUUUGUGA